CGUGUGACGCUACAAAGGACAAGCAUGGCGGUGAUGAUCAUCUGAAAUGUUCUACAUGUAGGUCAUAAACGAAUUUACGCUUUUGUGAGGAUGGAAUCGUGAUUUAUUCUUCCUUCGUUAGUGAUUUGGCGUGUCAUGCAAUCCGUAGCUCUGUAUGGAAGGCUUGUGGCCAGAGCUAUUGUGUCUGGAAUACACAAUGAAUUUCAACUGAAAUCUCCACGGGAAAUCCCCAAAGAUCCUUUGCAGUUGGUUACUGGUCACUCUGGGUUUUCUAAGACUUUAUCAGCAAGCACCUUCCGAAAAUGGAAUUUUGGAGAUGAUGCUUAUUUCAUAGCCAGAAAUAAAGUAGCUGAUGUUAUUGGCAUUGCCGAUGGGGUAGGAGGCUGGAGAAGUUAUGGCGUUGACCCAUCAGCAUUUCCACGGACAUUAAUGGCAACAUGUGAACGUAUGGUCAAUGAAGGAAGGUUUCGUCCACAAGCACCUACCGAAGUUAUUGCUGCAAGUUAUAAUGAAAUGUUUGAGCAAAAAUUGCCUUUAAUAGGCAGUAGUACAGCGUGUAUUGUCGCGCUGCACAGAGAGGAACAAACAGUGUACUCCGCUAACCUUGGCGACAGCGGCUUUCUCGUGAUUCGUGAAGGCGAGGUCAUUCACAGGUCACUUGAACAGCAACACUACUUCAACACACCGUUCCAGUUGGCCGUGGUGCCGCCACACCAACAAGGUCUUGUCCACUGUGAUAGCCCCGAAGUAGCUGAAAGCUCAUCAUUUGGUGUUGAAGAUGGAGACAUAAUUCUAUUAGGAACUGAUGGACUCUUUGACAACAUGAGUGAAGACUUGUUACUCCGGUAUACAUCAAACAUGAAGGAUCACAAAGCAGAGAAUGUGCAAACGACAGCAACUGACAUUGCAGAAAAGGCCUAUCAUUUGUCUUUCGACCCAGACUACAUGUCUCCUUUUGCCUUAUCAGCUAUAGACGCAGGCAUAGACUUUAGAGGGGGAAAACCCGAUGACAUCACAGUCAUUGUUGCUCGUGUCACGAGUGGUCUUCCCACACGCCAGUAGACCAGUGACGAUAAGACAUUUUAAAUUGCGUGUUCGUGUGUGCCAGUAACUGUCUAGGAGCAGAUUGUAGAUCAUUCCAUUUUCUACAGAGAGCAGAUAUUUGUAUAUAGUGGUAUAACUAACCAGAUUUUGAGUAGCUACAAACAGAGGCAUUCGGGAGAGUGUGUGGAGGGAGAGACGAGUUAUUGGGGUGUUGCUAGUGUGGUGCAUACCUGUAGUGUUGACAUGUUAUGUAGUGUGUCAGUUGUACUGAUAUAUACCAUACUGUGAUAUUAUCAUAGAUGACUGUAUUAUUGAUGCUAAACAUAGGUUUUAUUUCAGUGUCUGAGCCAUGAUGUGGGGGAACCUGCUACUUUUAAAAAGGCAUUUUUAGAUUAUCACGCAGCCAUAUUCAUACAUAACAGUAUGUACAGCAUAAAAGUGUAGAUGAUACAUUGUAAUAAAUAUAAAUUUUUUUACAAAGUUAAGUCACUAUAACCCACUUACCUCAAGUUAAUCUGAAUCCGUUACAGUAAUUCAGUUUCAAUAAAUCAGGGUACUGUUUAUUUAUUUUUUUAAACUAGAUUAGCAACUGUUGGUGAUCAGUUGAAAUUUGAGCAGCAAAAAGAUUUAACACAAGAAUUGUGUAGUGCCUGUGACAGACAUGCUCGAAACCGUAGUGAUAUAGGGGCAUGUUAAAGGUACUGUCUGUCUCUCUCAGAAAUUUGCAUAGUGAAUUCUGACACAAUACUGAAAAUGUUCCCUGUAAAAGUAAUCGUGUUUAUACAAUGCUAUAGUAAACAACAUUCAGUCUGAGAUUUUUAAUCCAUUACAUCUUGUAAAUUUCUGAUAUAUCUAUUGAACAGAAUUUUUUAUAAAAUGUCUAUGACAUUUGAUAUAUUGUGAAAGAUGGCACUCUACACAUUGGGCUUUAUUCUGAUGAACUGACAUUCUAAAACAUCAGUGUCUUUAAUUACAAGUAGGUACAAGUAUUUUGUACCAGAUUCAUUAGGUAUUAAAAUAGUUAUAGCCAUGGUAUUAAACUGGUUUGUAUGUUUUGUGUUUGUUAAAGUUAACACAGUACUGUUAAACAAACAUGAAAUAGUUAUUUUAUCGUUAUAAGGCCAUAGAGUAGGUUUCCCCUGUCAUGGCUAAAUGAUUUUUCUGGCAAUAACACAAAAGCUUUUCGCACAAAGACAUAAUAUAUUGUCCCUAUUACGUAGUGUAAUAGUAAUAUAUGUUUUGUGAGGAUAUGUUUUUUUUGAGAUUUUGAUAGUCAUUGUUACAGUAGUAAAACUACAUUUACAUGUACCAUGCUUGUUAUAAGGUACACAUUUUUCUUUUUUAGCCUGGUUACUUUUAAGUACUUAAAUGUACAUUGAUAGUAAUGACCAAUUUUAUUUAUUAACAUGAAAAGCAAAGCUCGUUUAAGCAUAGUGUUUUUACUAUUAUCUUACCUUUGUUUGUGCAUCAAAUAGGAACAUUAAUCUAGAACGUUUCAGACAUCUAUCAACAUAACAAUGCAAAAUAAGCACCUAUGUGCAUUUUGUUUUUGACCAAACAUUUGUAGUCAGUAAAUGGUGUGGAUGUUAUUUGUUGUACUGACAUAUUUUCUGUGUUAACCCAAGUCAAAAAUAAACCUUGUUAUUAGUCCCCUACUGACCCACCUGGAGGGGACUAUAGGUUUUCUGUCUGUCUGUCUGUCUGAUAAUGACUUAAGAUAUUGAGAUACAAUAUUUUGUAAAUAGCUUUAUCUUAUGCAGUUACAGAUCCACUUUGACUUUCAUGAGGAUUAGCCCAUUUUUGACAGAGUUAUGGCCCUUGAAUUUAGGAGAUAACGAACUUUUGUUGGGCCCAGUAAGGGACAUGUAUUGCUUUAGCGGUACUGCUUUAGCGGUACUGCUUUAGCGGUACUCUCAAAAUGCUUGUUUUAAUUGUGCUUGAAUCUCCAUGGUGUCUGCUUGACAAAGAUUAUUGUCAACAUGCACACAGAAAGGAGAGUCAAACAUAACUUGGUAUUGGCUACUGGUCGUGUGUUGAAUAUGUAAAGUAACAUGGGUUAACGUCACAUGUUUUCAUUGUGUAAAAUUACAUGUACAUGUAUGUCCGGUGUAGAUGGAGUUACAUUUUCUUUUUAAUUUUUUAAUUUUUUUUGCUGAAUCUCAAAUACUGAAAGCACAAAUGAAAAUAUAAAAUUGAUAUUAAAGGUAGCAGCUCUGUAGCUUCUGCCUUGAUAAAACAGCAUUAUAAUACAUGGUGAAUUUAAAAACCUAGGUGAGUGAAUGAAAUUUUGCUUUAAAAAAAAACACUUCAUGUGUGAAUGCCUUUCAUUGUUGCUUGGUUCUCCUUUAAAAAAAAAGAAGACAAAAGACAGGGCUGUAUCAUUCCUUUUCCAAUGCAAAUUCAACAGUUUCCUAAUCAAAGGAAGGUAAAGUAUAUUUAUUUCUCAAAAUUAAGGUAUUUUGCCGUGAUGCAUCUUGUCUCUUUCUUUACUAAUCUCUACCAAUAAUCUUAAUUUUGGGAAGAAAGAGGGAAAGUAAGAAUAUUUUAAAAUAUUAACCCCCUCCCCUCCCAAUUACUUUCCAUUUUUUUUUUAGAUUAUUAGGAUUCAGCAUUGUUUAUUAUUAUUUUUUAUUAUAUUUUUUUGGUUUGUUACAAAAUUACUUUGAGUUACACAAGACAGCUUGGUGUAGGUCAUAAAAACAACUUUAUUAUAUGUUAUUCUGUCCCAUGAAAAUAUAUACUCAAUUUAUAUCAUUUUAGUAGAUUUCCAAAGCGCACAUGUCAUAAUAAUAUCCAUUCUACUGUAGUUCAUUUUGUAGUUUUGUUAACUAAACUAUUUAAAAAUUCACACUCAUUAGAAGUUUUUUUAGAGCAUGUUAAAUUGUUAUUGGUUAACUUGUGUAUAAUUAUUGCAUUUCCUUGCCUAUUAUUACGCAUAAAUGAUCAUUCAGAAAAUGUAUGCCUUGCCUUCUAUUGGAAACGAAAUAAUUGUUAUAUGUAUGUGUCUCUUCUGCAAAGUUAUGAUGUUUUGUUAAGAAAUGAUUAAAUGAGUGUUAAAGGCUGUUCCACAGCCAAUCACAUGUUAGGCAGGUAAUUAAAAAAAUAUAUACCCACCAUCCUCAAAAUAACAUUUUAUUUAAACCUUUUAUGUAUAGAGGAAAAGAUGUGGCAGACCCAAUAACAAUUAUUAUUGUAAUGGUUCCAUUUUCAUAAUAAAGUAGAUCCUUUUAUUUUAUUUACUUUAAUAAUAAUGGGGAAAAACCUCCACAUGAGCUGUUACACUGGGAAACUUGCAACUUGCAAAAUUAUUUUUUAUUGUUGUUUUACAAAUAACCGGUAAUAACCGGGGAAAACUAAAUUUCAAGUAUUAGUGCUCCAACUUAAUUAUAUCUUGUAAAAAUACAUCAUCAAAGAUAUAAAUACAGCGUCACUUUCUCAAUAUCGAAGCAAGCAACGUUGAACUUUGAGCCAUGUUUACUCUUGUUUUUGACAAAGGUUUUCGUGUGUGAUGGCUCAUAUUAUAAAAUUAAUCUUCCCCUAGAUACAGCAUAGAGAUGACGUUGACAUGAUGUCUAGAGAUGGUUGAGAUGGCUAGACAUGGUUGAUGUUUUCACUACAAUAUUCUAACACUGCUUGUCCCACUCUCAAGUGUGGACCCUAAUACUUUUUAUGUGGAUGUUUUUUAUUAUUAUUAUUAUAUAACAGUAUUUAUAAAAAAGAAAGAAUUCCCCAUUUACAGUUUAUGUAAUUUCUAGUCUUAAGUUAUAAAUAUAUGUACCAUUGGUUGUGUACUAUAUUUGCUAAAGAAUUAAUAGUUGUUUUAUUAAUGACAAGAUCUACAUCUUCAUCUGGCAGUGACUGUCUCUCUUGCACGUAUAGAAACUCAUUAAAUGUAGUGAAUUGAGGACACAUUGUUAAAGAUAAUCACGUCAGGAACAGCUAGUGAAUGUCCAUCUUCUCAUACCACAAUAAUAUUUUGUGAAAGGAAUUAAAAGCCCUAAAUAGCAGGAAAGUCGAUUUAAAAUGACCCAGAAGAUCUAUAAUUUGAACAGUGUAAUUUCUCUGAUUUCCCUCUGCAUCUGUUUUACUGGUAGUUGUUUGACAAUUUUUUUUAAUUUUUCAAAAAGAAUUUAAAAAAUUGGAGAAUAAUUUUUCGUUUUAUUUUGUACAUGGCAAGUACUGUCGGUCAAUAUUUAUUAUGGCUGAAUCUUUAUGUUGACCUAUGCCGAUAUCAUUUAGCAUGCAGUAGUCCCGUGUGAACUUUUAAGAAGUAUGUAUUGGUUGUAUUAAAAGACUCGAUUACAAUAUGCUGUCAUAUCAUGUUGAUAUCACUUGUGCCAUUUGUUACACAUAUUGCAUUUCAGUUUGUUAUAUACAUCUUACAUUGUUAAACUAGUAAUGGUAGCAUACGCAUUACAUUGUUAGACAUGCUCAUUAAUAUAUUGUAUGCAGUUUGAAAAGUCAUUUGCAUUGAGCUUUCUGGCAGUAUUUAGACUACAUUUGGCGUCGUUGUUUUUAAUUAGUAUAAUUAUUGUGAUUUUAUUCUUAUUUUAAUUUUUAUUUCAUGUUCAUAAAUAUUAAUCAUAUUUAAAGGGACUAUUCUAAGUUUGUAGACCUGAAAAACUGCAUCAGGGUAAUAAAAACAAACGAAGUUUGAAAUAGAGAGCAUUAUAUCGAUACACUCAUUCAGGAUUCCCUUGGACCCUUUUUUUUUUUUUUUUAAUUUAACAGUUGUACGAAAAAGUAAAUUGUUAUUAUAUAUAAUACAUACAAUAUUAUGGUAGUGAAAAUCCACACUGAACUGCUACAAAUGUGAUGACUCCCCACCCACCCUUCCCCCAAAAAUGCAUAAAAUAUACAGAUAUUCUAUAAAGAUUUUUUUUCUCUUUUUUUUCACAUAUUGCGAUUUUUAAUCAUUACAAAAGGAUCUAUUAGCAUAAAACCUAUUACAGUGAAACCUCUGAAAACCAAACUCUCGGUAAACCAGAAUUCUCUUAAACUGGACGUUUUUCACAGUUCCUUUUUAAAUAUCAAUACAGAACAGAAUCUCUUUAAACUGGAUACCCCUUAAUAUGUGGACAUGUUAAUUGGUGUUUGUAGGUGUCUGGUUUUUCCGUGUUAUGACUACAGACUAAGGAUAGUCCCUUUAAUAGUUGUUAAUACUCGUUAAUAUAUUUAGCCAACAAGGAGACAGUCCUUAGAAAGUUUGUUUAUAUACCUUUCUCCAAAUAACUAACAAGUGAUGGAGACUUGAUUUGGUGCUUACGAGAUGAAAGACCCCCACCCCGACCCUCCAGAAAAAAAAUGUUUAAAAGUUAAAAAAAGGUAUAAUUGUAACCAUUAGCUUGGUUAGUGGAAUCACUGGAUUCCUGAAUGAUUCAUGUAACUAUAUGUGUGGUUUGUGUAUUAAGCUUGUACAUAAAUUCUUUAAUUUACAUGGUAAGGUAAGCAUUACAAUAGAUCGAUUGUGUCACAUGGUAUAUUGAGCAAUAUAAUAGUAUAUGGUUUUACACGGUAUGGAAGACCGCUGGUGUAAGCAUUAUUAUAUUUAUAAUGGAUGGUGUUGCAUGAUAUUCUUAGUAGGGUUUAAGCAGCAAUUUGCCAAAUACAAACUUACUGCAAGAAAAUACAAAAUUGAGAAUUGUAAUGCAUGAGUCUUAUUUUGUAUCAAAAUCAGGGGUUGAAGUAAUAUGAGGUUCAGGGGCCAGCUAGUCCCUAUGAUGAGUCAGUUUUGGUGCCAGUUAGAAACCAUAGGUGAUUAACACAGUGUUCUAAAAAAAAAAGUCGCCAGUGGCUACCAGUUAUUUUAAUCCCUGCCAAACAGUAUUUGUGCUCAGCUUAAACCCAGUAACAGAUUGUGUCACAUUGGUAUGGUAAGCAUUUUAAUAGAUGAGGUAAGUGUGUAUGGUUGCAGAAAAGCCUGCAAUGUACUGCAUGUGUUAAAUGUACUCAAUUGUAUUCUAUAAACACGGCAUGAUGGUGCAAUGCCCUGAAUUUCAUCUAUUAUCGGCUCAAAUUUGUAACUGGCUCAUACAUCUGAUCUCAUUUUAAUACCCGUUCAGCACAAUAUAUUUCAAGUUAUGUUAAUUGUAAUAUAAUAAUUGUGGACAAAUAUUCCUCCACAUAAUGGUCUCUAUAAGUGUCCCAACAGCCACUGAAAAGUAGUUAACCGUGGCUACAUUACGGUUGGGACUGGUCUACAUAAAAACCAAAGGUAUUAUCAUGGUGGUCUUUAGUGAUAAAAAUACAUGUUUUUAUGUACGAAAGGAAAAUACAGGUGAUUGUUAUAUGUACAUGAUGAUUGUUACAACAGGUGUGAUUGUAUAUGUAUGUGUGGAAAAGAGGUCAUGGUCACUAGUGGUUUUUUAGAUAACACUCCCAACAUGAACUUUAAUCAAGGUGUAAAACGUUUUGUUUCUGAAUUUCACUUCUAACUGAAAACAUGAUCCAUGCUUGUACACCGUAUUCUUAAUCUAGCUGAUUGGACUAUUUCUUGUUCCAGCUAUGCCCCACAACUGGUAUAACAAAGGUUGUGGUAAAUACUAUCCUGUCUGGUAUGGUGCAUAUAAAAUAUCUCUCUUGCUGCUAAUCAGAAAGAGUAGCCCUUUUGAGUGGCAGUUUGCUCAUUAUCAGAGUGGUUCUUAACCAUAUGUCUGACGCCAUAUUACUAGUGGCGGAUCUAAGUAGGACCCCAGGGUCCUGGACCCCUAAAUUUAGCGAGUUGUAUAUAUAUAUAUAUACACAACUCGCUAUAUAUAUAUAUAGUGUUGGAGAAUCCGAGGAAUCCUUUCGUGAAUGUUUGUGGUCUUCCACCACAUGUCAUUGGGGCCCCCCUAAAUGGAUUUUCUGGAUUCGCCACUGAUUAAAAGUAGAUAAAAAAUGUGUUGAGUGUUAUUAAAUAAAACAUUUCUUUCUUUCUUUAUCUACUGGGGGUUAUCAUGCUUUCCACCUUAGGGUUUAGUUCGGUACAUCUAAUUUGAGAGUUAGCAUACAUAAUACAAGGUUGUCAGGGGAUAUAGAGAUAAGCUUGGCAAGAUCCUUUAAACCAAAGUUGAUUGAAGAAAUAUGCCUGUCCUUUAAGUGCAUGUAACAACCAUAUUUAACAGACUGUAUUAUUCCACAUGUAUCGGGUGAUUAAAAAAUGUCCCACUUUUUUAAGUUAAAUAUAAAAAAGUAUGCAGUGCAGAACAGUGAAA